GCGCGGGCUGGGCUCCACGCGCGUCUGGUCAGUACCCCUGCGGCCGGCGGGGCGGGGACAGGCCAGCACCGCUCCUCUUAGGGGGAUCGUCUGUCAGGAGGACUCGCCUGGCCACUUGCUGAGACUUCUCCGGGAUGGGACUCAGGCGCCCCAGGUCUUGAGCACCUGUCGAAGCCUCAACCAGCCCCUGGGGGUAAACUGAGGCACGGGGUCGCGCCAGCGGGUCCUGGAGGUGUAGUUGGCUGUGACUACUUUUGGAUAGUUUGUCAGUUCCAUGGACAAGUGGCAGGAACCCUGGCCCAAACUGGUCUGUGUUAAACAGAUACCUAGUUCAGGAGUCCCCAAAGGUCUGAACAGGUGCCAGGGCAGCAGCAGAACAAGGCACACAGAGGACAACGUUUCGGGCAAGAAUUUGCAUUGGAUAAGUUUAAAACAUAAAGAAAAGCAAAACAAACUCACAUCAAUUCACUGUGGUGGGAGAACUCGUCACUAGUUGGACCUUAAGCCUUCGUGCAUUUUAAUUUUAGUUUCACACGCGGGGAUCUGGAAGCUGUAAACAUUUGUAGAAGGAAAGAGGCAGGUUGCUGGAACAGGAGCCCUUUGCCUCUGCCGCGUGACCCUGGACUACCAGCUCAGCGAUCCUCAAAUGGAUAAAAAUCGGCUCCCUGCCCUAGUGGCCCAGAGAAGCUGCCUAAAGCCGUAAUCGACAUUGAGGCCAGGCUCCCGAAAGUUUGUCAUGUGAAAACGGCUUAUUUUUGGUCUCUCAGGAAUGUGCUGAAAAUACCCCCUGGUUGCUUUGGGCAAACGUUAACUAGGAAUAGCCCUGGACUUCCAGGAGCAGUCCCACUCGGACCUGUACUUAAGCUGACAGCUCUUUUUUCUGGCUCCAUUUUAAGUCAAGACCUGGGUUGCGGAGGCUUCUGGGAUUUGUAGUCCCGCUCGUUGCACCCUACUGAACUACCAACUUCAGCUCCCACUGUGCCAUUUGGCCUGGCGAGAUGUCUUCUGGGAGUUGAAGUCUCACUUCCAGUACCCCCAGGAGCUUUGAAGCCCAGCAAAGAAGGGAAAUCCACCGAGAACAGUCUGUAAAGGUAGGUGUCCUGGGACAACUUGCUCGGUCACUCCUCUGCAAAAAUUCUUCGUCUUGCACUGACGACACCAAGGAGGCAGCACUCAUCUGAAAGAUUCACUGUGAGACCAUGUCAUUUAGAUUUGGCCAACAUCUCAUCAAACCCUCUGUGGUAUUUCUCAAAACUGAACUGUCCUUCGCCCUGGUCAAUAGGAAACCCGUUGUACCUGGCCAUGUCCUUGUGUGCCCUCUGAGGCCAGUGGAGCGCUUCCGUGACCUACGUCCUGAUGAAGUGGCCGAUUUGUUCCAAGUGACCCAGAGAGUAGGGACAGUGGUGGAGAAGCAUUUCCAGGGGACCUCCAUCACCUUCUCCAUGCAAGAUGGUCCUGAAGCUGGACAGACUGUGAAGCAUGUACAUGUCCACAUUCUUCCAAGGAAAGCAGGGGACUUCCGCAGGAAUGACAACAUCUAUGAUGAGCUCCAGAAACAUGACAAAGAGGAAGAGGACUCCCCAGCCUUUUGGAGAUCUGAGGAGGAGAUGGCCGCGGAAGCGGAGGCGCUGCGCGUCUACUUCCAGGCAUGAAAGUAACUCAAACAAAUCCUAAGGCAUACGGAAAUGGUCCUCGCUCUUCUAGACUCCACAGCAUUGGAAAUGAAGCUGAGCAGACUUUAUUACAUCCCACAAUUCUGCAGCUUUUUGCAAAGCAUUUUAUUGCACUAGUGGAAGCCACUAAGGUUAUGUUUCAAUCACAAUGACUGACAGGCUAACUUCACAAACAGUAGCAUAGACUGCCUGCCACAGUUUCUCAGUUAUGUACUUAGAAUAGGACCUUUUCCAAAACUGUCCCUUAGCCUGACUGAAAAUAAAGUGAUAGCUAAAAUAUUUA